UCCAAACCUCUCUCUCUCUAUCAGCUUCUCAUUCCGUCUCAAUAUGUCUCAAGAUGGCGGCCAAUGCGGGAUCAAUGUUUCAAUAUUGGAAGCACUUUGAUUUACAACAACUGCAGAGAGAACUAGACACCAACGCCACACAGUUAGCCAACCGACAGGAUGAGAGCGAACAGUCCAGGAAGAAACUCAUCGACCAGAGCCGCGACUUCAAGAAGAACACACCAGAGGAUGUAAGAAAACAGGUGGCUCCCCUGCUCAAGAGCUUCCAGGGAGAGAUCGAUGCCUUGAGCAAAAGAAGUAAAGAAGCAGAAGCUGCCUUCUUGAACGUCUACAAGAGAUUAAUAGAUGUCCCAGACCCCGUCCCUGUGCUGGAGUUGGGUCAACAGUUGCAGCUGAAGCUCCAGCGGAUGCACGACAUCGAGACAGAGAACCUCAAACUCAGAGAGACUCUAGAGGACUACAACAAAGAGUUCGCCGAGGUCAAGAACCAGGAGGUGACUAUUAAAACGCUGAAGGAGAAGAUCCGAGAGUAUGAGCAGUCCCUGAAGAAGCAGGCUGAGAACCUGGUCCAGGAGAAACACGUCCAGCUCCAAAAUGACUAUGUAGAGAAGGAGAGAAAGCUCCAGGAGAGCCAGGACUCCAUGUCCUCUAAGCUGGUUGAGGCUGACCACAAGACCCAGGCCCUACAGACAGCUCUUGAAACAACUCAGGCAGAGCUCUUCGAUCUGAAGACCAAGUAUGACGAGGACUGCACAGCAAAGGCCGAUGAGAUUGAAAUGGUGACGACAGAUCUGGAGAGAGCCAAUCAGAGAGCGGAGGCAGCACAGAGGGAGGUGGACGCUCUGAGGGAGCAGCUGACCUCUUCUAACCAAUCCCUGCAGUUGAUCACCCACAUCCAGACCACCCCAGACAUGGACCAGGCGGUGGAGGUGGGGUCCCGCUCCAAUCUGGAGGCAGAGCUUGGGGCCAAGGACAGGGAGAUGGUUCAGCUGGUGGAAGACGUCCAGAGACUGCAGGCCAGCCUUUCUAAACUCAGAGAGAGCUCCACCACACAGAUCUCACAGCUGCAGCUACAGCUGAGUGCCAAGACUGCCACCCUCAAGCAACUGGAGGAAAAGCUACAGGAACAGGCUGACUAUGAGGAGGUGAAGAAAGAGCUGAGCAUCCUCAAGUCUAUGGAGUUUGGCCCAGCUGACACCUCAGUGCAGGACAUGUCUAAACCCCUGGAAGUGUUGUUGUUGGAGAAGAACCAUAGUCUGCAGUCUGAGAGUUCCUUUCUGCGCAUCGCCAACACAGAGCUGAGCGGACGCUAUGCAGACCUGCAGCUGGAGUUCUCAUCUGCGGUCCGGACCAGCGCCGAGCAGAAGGAGCUGAUCCUCAAACUGGAACACGACCUGAGCACCAUCCAGACCAUGUCCUCCCUGUCACGCCCUGAUGCUGAGGGGGCUGACCUGACUAGCAUGAUUGACAGCAUCCCUGAGCCAAUCAGAGAGGCCACUGCCAUGUUUGCAGGCCUAGGCGUGGCCCCCCAGGGGGAGCUGCCUCAAGGCCAGAUGGACUCUCUCCUCUCCAUCAUCUCCAGCCAGAGGGAGAGAUUCCGCUCCCGUAACCAGGAGCUGGAGGCUGAGAGUCGUUCCAUGCAGGUGACCAUGCAGGCCCUGCAGAGUGAGCUGGACAGCCUGCGUGCCGACAACAUCAAACUCUACGAGAAGAUCAAGUUCCUCCAGAGCUACCCUGGCAGAGCUGGAGGCAGUGAUGACACGGUUACAGUGCGUUACUCCUCCCAGUAUGAGGAGAGACUUGACCCCUUCGCCUCCUUCAGCAAGAGGGAACGCCAGCGCAGAUACCUGAGCCUCAGCCCCUGGGACAAGGCUACACUCAGCCUGGGUCGUGGCAUUCUCUCCAACAAGAUGGCCAGAACCAUUGCUUUCUUUUAUACCCUCUUCCUGCAUUGCCUGGUCUUCCUGGUGCUGUAUAAGACUGCCUGGAGUGAGAGCAUCGGUCGAGACUGCUCUGCCUUGUGUGCUAAGAAAUACUCGGAUCACCUACAUCGUUUCCAUGAGAACGGGGACAACCUGUGAUGAGCAUGUGGCAGUGAUGUCAGUGCGUCGUGGCGAGGCUAAGGACAGACUGGAAGAGCGGCUUUAUUUUCUGCAGUAGCUGCUUUGCCCACUAUAUUAGGGUGUGCUUUCUCUCUGCUUCGGGACUAAUGGGAUGUGGCUGACGUGCAAACUCAUAUUUCAUUUUCAAAUUAGGUUAAGGGUUUGGUUAAGGCUUAAUGUCAGGGUUAGUUUUAGAUGUUGGCUAGUCGGGCUGUCAGUAAAGUCCCCUUAGGCUCACUCCCCAGUUUCAGGGCAUAGAAUCAAACUGCUUAUGAAAGAGAAUUCAACCAAGUUUGUCAGACAUUUUGUCAUGUGUGUGAAAAUGUCACAAACUUAGAUUUUGGAGUAAACUAUCCCUCUAAGGUCUUGGAUAGUCCUCUGCUACUUUAACAUUGAUAUAAAAAAUAAAUAAAACAAAAGUUAAUUAACUGAAGACCAUUUUUAGGAGAAGUUGAGAAUCUGUUUUGAUAGAAAUUGAUUAAAGUUUAAAUGUAACUUUAAGAUAGUAUCUUACCAUUUUCUAGUACCAAAGGGACCAAUAUGUUUAGUUUUUGCUAUAUUCUGUUCUACACUGUAGUCUCAAAAAAAAAAAAAAAAUUUGAAGAAUGAAGUACUGAUUGACAAGAGGGGUGUUGUUUGUUUUCCUUUGAUUCAGUUAUGUUGGGUGUUGGGAAUACUGGGAAAGCAUGUGUUUUUGUGAAGGGAUUGAAUAUUACAAUUGCGAUACAAUUUAAGAGAUAAUGUUUAAAGAUAAAGUUCUAUCCUUGGCUUUUACAUUUCCCUCAUUGAGAUGACAUAGUUGAGUAAAAUGUGAAGAAUUAUCACAGCACCUGUAAUUGCUAUAAAUCUGAAUUAUCACAGCACCUGUAAUUGCUAUAAAUCUGAAUUAUCACAGCACCUGUAAUUGCUAUCAAUGUCUGAAUGUAACUAGAUUGACAAUAUGAUUUAACUUGUAUCUUUAUGUUAAAGUGUGUCUGUGUCAUGGCA